UCAUGGAAGAGACACCCAAGUUUAACAUUUUCUUGAUGUCAAAAAUAGAUCAAGGAGCUUUGCUGCCAGACCCAUGGAAUUUUUUGAAACUGAAAAUGCGGAAGUUAAAAGUCAAUAUUGGAUACCGUCGAUAAAGCGGAAACCGAACGUGUGCAUUGAGAGUAUGCCCUCAGAAAUGCUGCUGAAGAUAUUUUCCUAUUUGGACGCCGUGUCCCUGUUGUGUGCCGGUUGCGUGAGCAAGCGGUUCUAUGAUCUGGCCAAUGACAAUGGAAUCUGGCUGAAAUUAUACUCCAGUUGUUUUCCACCAAAAAGAAUGUUUUGGAAAAUAAAUCCUGCUGAGACAGAAACCAUUUCCUUGGGCUGUGCCACUCUACAGGAUAGAAGGCCUGGAUACUGGAAGAAAGAAUACAUCUUCAGACAAAUAGCUGCUGUCAAAACUAGAGUAAUGCAGCUUGUUAAACCUGUAGAUCCUCAAACAGGUCUUCCAUGCAAAAACAGAGAAGCUAUAAGAGCAUCUGGCUUGAGUUGGAUCAUUGUUCUGAAGGACAAAAAUGGAAAGGAACACGUAAUGGAGCAGGCAGAUCUAUCAUUUAAGGACACAUCUGUUACUAUAUUCUGGUAUAGUGCAUACUGGCCAUGCUUAAACAUCUUAUCAACCCUAGAGUUAUGUGGAGUGACUCCUCUGCUUCCUGACCAAAACAGAGGUACCAACACAAAUGGACCUCGUCGACGUUCCCUGAUUGCUAAGUACAGCCUUUCUAACCUGACUAACACCAGUGUAGCAAUUGGUGCUGAUAAGCUUGUUCAAAUCUUUUAUUUGAAUCCAGGACUCUUACUAGGACUUUGGAAGGGAAAAAAUGAAAUUGCUUUUGUUACGGCGAGUCUUCAUUAUCAUCAACUUCUUGAGAGAAGCACUUUGGGUUCUGCUACUCUACAAUAUGUCCUUUCACCUAAUGAACCUGUACUGGAUGAUGUUGACCCAGAGUAUGGACUGCAUGACUACAACCUACAUCUAGAUAUGCACAGUGGGACCCAUACUUGUAUGUGUGGAACGUUCAAGAGCCUCUUCUGCAGAAAAGGUGACAUUCAAAAUGGGUAUUUGAGGCUAACGGUUGUAAGCGUAAAGGAUAACGCGAAACACUUGCCUAUUAUUGGGACAGUUGGCUUAUCCUGGAGAACAGAUGUGCUUAAAGGCAAUGUAAAGGACUGCUAUUUGAUGGAUGUUACUGUCUUGGAUGAAACCCGAAAGCCCUUCUGGUGUUUCAGUGCCCCAGUCAGCAUGGAACUGUCUUCCAAGACAUCUGGUCUUUAUGACUACAUGGGUCACAUCUACACCACAGAGUAUGCAGAUUCAGAGGGUAAAGUCAGUGUUGACUUGGUGUGGUUGGAAGAAACCAAGGAAUAUUAUGUAGUCAGCCUGGUUCUUUACAUAAGCACCAAAAAGGUUAACAGUUGGUAUGGAACAAAUUACUGAUUUAACUGAGUGUUUAAUUUAAUUUCCUU